UUUGUUUUUCAAAAUAUUUAUCGUAUUUUUAAUUUCCAGGGAGUAAAUCCAGCGAGCGAAAUAUUAGCUCGAGAGAAACGAAUCACGGAACUUUUGAAUAUCAUAAACGAUACAAGCGCAGGACCCGCCGCAGUUACUGCUGCCGCGGCCGAACUGACCGUGCGACUGCCCGCUGUCUACACGGACUUGGCUGAGCUCGGGACGCGCUGGGCGGCGGAGAGCGGGGCGCGGCGCGCGGGGCGGCAGACCGCCCCGGGCGCGAGGGGGACCAGCCUCAAACAUGGAGGAGGGGAGCGCAACGCAGUGGGCGCCGGCGUGUGGAAGCGCGUGCGGCUCAAGCUGGAGGCGCGCGACCCCGACCCCGCCCCCUCCCCCGCGCGCGCUGGACGAGUGCAGGACCAGGUGGACUACAUAAUAUCGGAAGCGACUAACGCAGAGAACUUGUGCCUGAUGUACGAAGGCUGGAUGGCGUGGGUCUGAGGGGUCCCCCCUCCGGGGUCUCCCCACCGCUCCCCCCCCACCGACGGCCGCGCCUGCGCCCCGCGGCCCGCGCGCUGCCCGCCGGAGAUGAGUACUACAGUACUGGGACGUAACAAACAAAUACCUUAAGCGUUUCUGACGCGCAGAGGUCGACUUUGCUCGGAGAUUGGCUCGCCAGCGAGCUGAACCCCUUAGUGGGGGAAUUGUCUAUGUCUUUUUCGUUCGGUUUUUUUUUUGGUCUAAAGGUUUCGUUGGGCAAUGAUGAUAUCGCCCCGAUCCUACCUAUCGGGCAUCUUCGGGAUUCGGAUUCAAAAGUCGGGCGAUUUACUGAGCCUUCGUAACGGACCUUUCGUUAAUUUUAGGAGGCCGAUCGACUUGAAAACGGUAUUCGAUGGAAUUAUGCUUCAGAGCUAAUUAUUUAACAGGAAUGCCGCACUGUAUGCGGCAGUCGCCUGAACAACUUGGCGACAAAUAUUGACAGAAAUGUCUCUUUAUCCGGUAGAUGUUUUAAAUUCGCGAUUAUUUUUAUGCUCUCUAACCGGCUUGGAUUAUGUCUAUCUAUCUAUUGCGACAAUAUGCGUCUUCGUGACGAUUAUACGCGUGAAUAGCACACAGCUGACAUGCCGAGAGCUAUAUUAAGAUUAAUUACAUGCUUAUAUAUGUCAUAUUACUGUAAGAAUCCGCUGACUUAUAAUGUCAUGCCUCGAACGCUUUUGAAUUAAAAUGAAAUCUACAAAUAAAACUUUACCAUAGCUUUUUAUAUUUAGGGCGACAAUUUGUUUUGAACUAUAAGUCUCGAGUCCAAUGACGAUCUCUAUGACGGUUAAUUUUUUAAUGAAGUAUUAGUAGACUAUUUUUGAAAGUUUAGCACAUUCAUUUAUUUAGAAAUGUAAAGUUUAAAUGAUAAAAUACGGUAAAAACAUAUUUCUUCAAUUUUUUUUUUAAAUUAAGCCUAACCAAAGGUGACUUAAAGGAACUGUCUUAGGGAUAAUCAUUCGUCAUGAGAGAAAAUUAACAUUAAAAAUAUAUAACUGAAGUAAAGCGCGCUUUCACGGGCAAUUGAAAAUUCAAUUCUAGACAACGUUUACAAGCAUCAGUUAAGAAAUUCACGACCACACUAAGAUAACUUCGUAUAACAAGUACCUAAUAAGGGACAACGGAUCAAGAAAUUACAAAGCAAUUAGGUGAUAAUAUUUAUAGACAUAGCAACUUCAACACCAAUUAUAUCCGCAACUUUGAAUAAUACUUAUGUAAGUACUAAUUAAAAGCAGCCAAGAAUGUUACUAAAAUUGAUCCAUCUUGCAUUCAUUCCUUUAACUUGAUUCGUUACUUUAGACAGGGGGGGUUUUUAUUCAUCAUAAAUAUUGCCCGUGUAAGCAUGGCUUUACAUAUCAACCAACUUUGAUAUGUUGAUUUGUCGUCGACCAUCUUUUGGAAGAUGCUAAUAGUAAUAUUUACAAUUUAAAAGGAUUAUUGAAUCACACAAUUCAAAAAGUAAGUUUUUUUUAUAUCUGAAACCCGAAAUUUUAACUAGGUUGAAAGUUCUGGCGACAUUUUCAUCAUUCAUUUUUUUUCUGUGUUCAUCAUAUGUAUAGGUACGUUAAAAAUCUUGUUAGGUCAUAGUCAUAGCCACUUGUGUUGGUAUAGGUAAUUAGAUACACUGACAUGUUGCAGAUAUUGGUCAAUCUUUUUUGAUAGCAAAAUAUUUAUGAAAUAAUUCAAUGGAAAUGUAAGCAUAUUGCUUAACAAAUUCUUAGCGCAAUAGUAGUUUUCAAAAAAUAAUCUUUUAAAUAAAAUUCCCAUCAUAAACUGUAUUGAGAAGUCUGAAAAGAUGAAAAAUGCUUUCGAACAUAGUUAUAUUUACGAUAACAUCCAACUAUUUUACAUGUUGACAGUCUUGAAAAUAUGACUCAAGUAGUUUCUUAGUGACAUGCUUAUUAGUUCAUGUAACGUUUCAAUACAUUCAAAAGCGUUCUCAAGAACUCAUUUUCUGUAGUACUUUUAAUCGCUAAUACUAGAUCCGAUGAAAUCUAUAAAAACAAAAACAAAAAAACAAUUUAAAGUAGAUAUUAAAUUUCGUGUUGCUUUGGUACCUACCUAAAACCAGGAGUGUGAAUGCGUAGUAAUAGUCACUAAAAUAUUCUAGAACACUAUACAUAACCUACUUAUACUUUGUUAUUUUUCAAGUUUUUAUGUAAACAAAAUGACAAAUUAACUGAUAAUUUAUUAAUCACAGUAACACAUCAAAAUCAUACUAAAGCAUAAAAUAAUUCAUGUUUGGCUUCAAAAUAUAUAGGAUUUUUUGUUCAUUUCAAAAUAAGACGUCUCUUUUCUCGUCUAAUUGAUAAAAAAUAUAUCAUAUUCAUUUGAAUAUACAGAAAAUGAGUUCUAUAUUCAUCAUAUUACCCGCAUUAGUUGUAGUUUCAUGUGUGCCUGGGGAGAGAAUGGGUAGUGUUAAUCUUCAUUCUUCAUAUGUAUCCUAAGGGUGGUUGGGCAGUGGAGCAUUUUGCGACAAAAAUAUAUAUUAAGAUUUGUGUUUACAUGUACCUAGACUAGACUAAAUGUUCAACUGAAAAUAUGGAUGUAUGAUAAAUUAUAUGUUAUAUCUGAAAAAUAAUUUGUCUGGAUAUUAGAUAAAUCAUUAUUGUUAUAUGUAAAAGGUGUUUUAUAUACAAGAAUUCUUAAUGAAUAAAUAAAUGUCGACAUUUUUAUUAAAUACUGAAAUAAGUAAGCGACAAACUCGAUGUAGUAAAAUUAAGUGUGUAUCUAAAGCUGUAAAAUCGGUUAUAAACACGAAAUAUCUAGGGAAUUCUGUAGAAAAAUGGAAUCUUACACGAAUCCUGUCUUACGCGAUGACCACACCACAGCCACUCAAACGAUUGCGCUGCUAUAGACCACAUUUCAAAGAUUUAUAGCCAUAUUUUUUAACUUUUUGUUCAGCUUUAUUUGUAUUAUUUUUUCCAUUUACGUCUUAGAGAAAUGAAAAGUUAAUGAAAUCUUAUAUUAAGUCCGUAUCUUGCCCAUUUUUAAAUAAAAUUAGAGCAUAAAGAUGUGUCAAAUUAUUCAGCGAUGCACAAGUAGCUCAUUUGACUCGAUAGUAAAUAAAAUAGCUCAGGAUCGUACAAGCAGAGGAUGCAACGAUAACACACCUAUAAUAAAUAAAUUCCUGUACCUGUAAUAAUAUUCUUAUAUGAUUGAUUUUAUCGCAAUAAUAAGUCGUACGAUCGUGGUAGUUUAAAUUGGGCCCAUUCAAUCUAAGUAUGUGGUUGUGGUAAAAGCAAAACCUUAUUUCUUUCAGUAUUACGGACCGUCAAAAUAUUUAUUAUCGAUGUGAAUUUCAUAUAUGUAGAAUCUACAAUUUUUUCAAAUUAUUUUGUACAACUUCUGUAGACUUGGAAUGCCUCCACUGCUGUAUGUUUGUUUACUUCAAUAUUAAUAAAUGGUGUAUGUGAAA